UACAAUUCACAAAUACACAACAAUAAUUAUUGCGCGUAUGUUCCGUGUGUAGUUUGUUGCGGUGGGGAGCUGAUAGUGGCCGAAUUUGUGUUUUUGUUUUGUUGGCUCUAGACUUCCCGAGUCCCGGUGCUGACCGUCAGAAAGCACUAAACAGUUACUACAGUUCGUAUGUGCACCAUGUACCUGCCGCGCCCCGCUUACAAUAGUGACUUUUGUAUUUGAUAUUAUGUCCAAACGGAAAACUACGACGGAAGACCAGUUUUAGGUAAAACCGUCAGCAGACCGGUGCGCGUUUAUCGGUACCAGGUUACCAGGUAUUCGACGCUGAUCAGUUGACGUGUAAGCGGCGGCGCGCGCCGCGAGAUAUUCUGUUAUCGUCCUAGUCUUGUCACUUUUUCAUAAUCGUGUUUGGACAGGCCUACUGACUACAGUCUACAACUGAGUACAGACAUCAGUUGCUGAAGUCUGUUUACUGUUGUAUUUAUCCUAUUGUUGAUGGUCGUGUUGACGGCUGCAGUACACCGACUUUAAAUUAUUGGUUUCUCAAGGAUGCUAGUUUAUCAAAUUUGAACUCAUCGACGCAGACCCGCAGUUCUCGACGGAAUACAGGACUGGUACACCAAAUGCCUGAUGUUUAUUCAUAUACCCAUCUGACGACAUUACCAUCGGUUGUGUUUAGACAACAGUGUUUUUGACAUAUCCAGUCUUAGGCUUACGACAGACCGUUGCCAACAUGCUCAAGUUUAUCCGUGGCAAAGGCCAACAACCUUCGGUUGAGCGGCAGAAAAUCCAAAAAGACUUGUUUGCUUUCAGAAGGACUCUACAGUACGGGUUUCCAAAUAAACCAACAGCACUUUCAUGGGACCCACUAUUACGUAUUAUGGCAAUUGGAACUUCAACUGGAUCAAUUAAAGUGUUGGGUAAAACUGGUGUUGAAUUUUAUGGUCAUUUGCCAUGUUCAGAUCAUGCAAUUACAAAGUUAAUAUUUGUACCAAAUCAAGGUCGUCUGGUGUCAUUGUCUGAUGACAAUAGUCUUCAUUACUGGGAAAUAAAUGACAUGGCCAUUGAUGAAGUUCAAUCAUACUUAUUAGAGGGAAAGCUUAAGCAAAUUUCAUCCAUGUGUUUGGAAUCUAGUUGUGAAAACUUAUUACUUGGAACCGAAGGAGGAAAUAUAUUUUUUAUUGAUUUGUCAACAUUUGAAUUAUCAGAUAACAUUAUUUAUCAAGAUGUUGUGAUGCAAAAGGUUUCAGAGGAGUAUAAAAAAAAUCCUGGUGCAGUUGAAGUAAUUUCAGAACAACCAGGAAAUCCAAAUUACAUUUUGAUUGCUUAUAGUCGAGGGCUAAUCGUUUUAUGGGAUCGCUUAAAUGCUGUUGCUGUAAAAACAUUUGUAAGUAGUCAACAAGUAGAAAGUGUAUGUUGGGAAGAAAACGGGGAAAGCUUUUAUUCCUCUCAUAAUGAUGGGUCUGUAACACUUUGGAAAAUAAAAGAAACUUCGGAUGAAAAUGAAAACACUAAAACAAUUUAUGGUCCAUUUCCAUGCAAACCAAUAUCUAAAAUAAUUUGUCAACAAUCUGGUCAAGAUCUCAACGAACAAUUCCUAAUUUUUUCUGGUGGUAUGCCAAGAGCAUGUUAUGGAGAUCGUCAUGCAGUUACUGUUCGAUUGGGUACUACUAAACAUGUAGCUUUUGAGCUUACUUCAAAAGUUAUUGAUUUUUUUACAACUACUGCUUCAGUUGAUGAAAAAGGUUGUAGCUUUCUUAUUAUUUUGGCUGAAGAAGAAAUAGUUUGUAUUGAUUUAUCUUCCGAAGAUUGGCCAUUGGUUCAAUUACCAUAUCUUGUGUCCAUUCACGCAAGUGCUAUAACAUUUACUUCUUUUGUUUCUGAUUUAAAUGAAGAUCUUUGGAAUAAUAUAAUUGCUAUUGGAAACUUACAAAAUGAGAAUAAUUUUUCUUCAAAUGAUUGGCCAGUUGAUGGUGGUGAAGCAAACAUUGAAGAUGAGCAAAGUAGAGAUCUUUUAAUAACUGGCCAUGAAGAUGGUUCUGUCAAAUUAUGGGUUGCAAAUGCAACUCCAUUACUUCCUAUAUAUGUAUUUAAAUCAUCAUGGGUAUUAGUCGGUGAUGAUGCUGAUAACCAUUCCAGUAAUAGUGUAGCUCCAGAAGAAGAUGAAGAAGAGUGGCCACCAUUUAGGAAAGUUGGAAAUUUUGAUCCUUAUUCUGAUGAUCCUCGAUUAGCAAUUAAAAAAGUUAUUCUUUGUCCCCAAACUGGUACAAUGAUAGUUGCUGGUACUGCUGGGCAUGUUAUAGUUUCCAAAUUUAAUGAUCAACCUUCUUCUAAUGAAAUAAAGGCUAUACAAAUGAAUGUCGUUGGUGAAAGUUUUGUUUGGAAAGGUCAUGAGCGUUUAAGCUUAAAACAAACUGGAGAUGAAGCUAAUAAUAAUAAUGGAAAAAAUAUGACUUGUCUUACUUUUAAAGCUGGAUUUCAACCUUCAUCUGUUUUACAAGUUCAUCCUCCAGCAUCAAUUACAGCUGUAGCUUUACAUUCAAAUUGGUCUUUGGUUGCUGCUGGUACUGCUCAUGGCUUAGUGCUUUAUGAUUAUUAUCGACAAGCUCCUGUUUUAACAAAAUGUACUUUAAAUCCCAAUGAUUUGUCCACUGCUGGAGAUACUCCUAUUUCUAGAAGAAAAUCAUUUAAGAAGUCAUUAAGGGAGUCAUUUAGAAGACUUCGAAAAGGAAGAAAUUCUACCAGAAUAGUAAAUGAUAAAAAAGGAGCAAGCAUUACACCUGAUAAAAAACGAGAAAAUACUGGACCUAUUUCUCCAAUGGAAGCUCGACCUGUAGAACGGGCAAUUGAAGCAAGACCGGUUGAUGAUGCAUUAGGAAGUAUGGUUCGUUGUUUAAGUUUUACAAAAACAUUUAUUGUUACAGCUUCACAUAUUACUCCGACAAUGUGGGCUGGUACAAAUAAUGGUUCUGUAUACAUUUUUACUAUAAGUAUACCACCAAGUGAUAAACGAAAAGAAAGACGAGUCACUGCACAACUAGGAAAAGAAGUUCAGUUAAAACAUCGUGCACCUGUUAUUGGAAUUACUGUAAUUGAUGCAGAAAAUCGAUCGGUUACUGAAGUUCAAGAAAAUAGCAUUCCGGGUAAACCUUUAGAUAUAUGUGGUCCCCACAAAGUCAUUAUUGCAUCGGAAGAACAAUUUAAAAUAUUUUCCUUGCCUAAUUUAAAACCUGUGUGCAAACUUAAAUUAACUGCAGCUGAAGGUGCUCGUGUUCGCCGAAUGUCAAUGGCCUUUUUUAAAACUAGUGAUUAUGCAGAAAGCUGUCUUCUCUGUCUAACUAAUUUAGGUGAAGUAAUAGUACUAAGUAUACCAGAUCUUCGAAGACAAAUACAUGCUGCAGUUAUUCGUAGAGAAGAUAUCAAUGGUAUUUCAAGUUUGGCAUUCACACGAUAUGGUGAAGCAUUAUAUUUACAUUCAAGUAGCGAAUUGCAGAGAAUUUCUGUAUCUGCAACUAGUGUUACACAAGUUAAUUGUUCUUUAAAUUUACCUACUAGAGAUCGACCAUCAGACAGUCGUUCUAUUACCCCUAUUAAUGGUUAUUCAGAUGAUGAACAAGAGGAUUUUCCUAAAAUAAAUGGAUUAACAAAUGGUACUCAAGAAAAUGGUGAUAGUAAUUCACAAUUAAACAAUAGCAAUGAUCUCUCAGUUGGUGAUAUUACCAUAGACUCCAUUAAAGACCACUUGGGAAAUUCAAAUUCUAAUUUAAAUGUAACAUCAACAUCAAACAAUGUUGAUGUUAAUAAUCAUCAGAAAACAGUUACUAAACAUGAAUUAUCAUCCACUACCACAACUACUGUGAAAACAUCAAAUUCUACUACAGUUAUUACUAACGAAACCAUCACGGUUGACAAUAUAUCCACAAGUUUAGUUGUAGAAGAUGAUCCAUCGACACAGUCCAAAUUUGAGAUACAUAGAGCUCCUUUAGCUCUUAUGGAAGACCUAGAAGUAGAAACAGCUGCAUAAUGUGAUAACUAAUGAUGCGUGUGAUUGUCACUACAUUAAAUCAAUGUUUAUGUAAUUCACACCACAUAAUUCAAUAAGUUUAAAAUUGAUGUUUUAAUAUUUAUUUUAGUUAUUAAAUUCUAACAAAGAAAAAAAAAAUUAUAAUAUGACUCAAAGAAAAUGUUGUACCUACUUUCAGGUAACAUUUUGACAUAGCUAUCGCAUAUUUUAUAUUUUUUACACUGACUAAUUUAUAAUAUAAAAAUGGCACUUUACCAUUCCUAACUCAAAUUUACUAAUAGUGCCUUAGUUAUGCAUAGUAAACCAACAUUUUUUUUAAACUAUGCUAUAUUAUGACAAACUUUUUU